AUGGCGCCCAUGACAAGGAGUGGGCGCGCAAGCUCAAUCCCUCUUGCAAUGUCAGAAGGUUUACGGCCUCCUAAAGAGCGACUGGACUCAACACGAGAAGUCUCCGUGGAUCCAGCAUCGUCCUAUGGUGAAGAUGCGAUGAUGUCUGGCGAAGAAGAAAAUGGCUAUCAUGGCAGGCAGCUCCAACUUCAAGGUUCAGAAGAUCACGAAGACAUAUUACAUCCCCUUCGCGAAGCUGCAAAUCGAGUUGGUCGCGAGGUGGAGAAAUUCGCUGAGGUCUUAGAUGGUUAUAAUCCACUCCGUGUAACAGAGAAGGAAGAGAGGCAUGCUCGAACUAUCGAGCUUAUUGAUCAGUACCAUGCAAUUGCUAAAGAAACUCUGGGUCGACUGCGAGAACAGCACGCAGCAGAUCAUCGGAAGAAGAAUGGCAAAGCUUGGAGAAAGAAGAUGCGCGGUAUCAAGAUUACUCAAGAAACCGACGAGAUAGAUUCGGAGGAAUCUGACGAAGAGGAGUUUUCCGAAAAGUUGGGACAUACGACUGUAGAUGACAUGCAACGAUGGGAGCAAGAAGCUCAAACUUGGGAUUUACUCGCGCGACUUGUCCGACUACGGUAUCUUCAACCCCAGACUGAAAAGCCCCAAGCAACUCCUGUCAACAAAUACUCUACUGCGAAGGAACUUUGGGAAGACUUUCUUGCGACCGAUGAACUUGCCAUUGAGCGCAAAACCGUUCUUGAUUGGCUCAAAGAUGCUGCGGACGAAUCUGGCGAAGAUAUCGAUGAAAUGGUUCAAGAACUGCAGCACAAUGCUGACAGAGGGGAUAUGAUAGCUCAUGGGUGGCUACACACAAAUCUGCAGAUCAAGAACGUGAAGCGCCUAAAAGCUGCCAAAGAAACAAUCGAUCCAAGUUCAGGCGUAGCGUCAGCUCUUAUGAACACUGCUGGAACAGAGUUGUUGGUCACGCAACUUGACCCCGACGCGGUCACGAGACAAGGCAGAGCCAUACAACCUGAAGAUCAAUACUUUGAGCGCGCCGUGUGGUUGGGAUGUUAUGAAAUGCUGCGUCGGGGACGAAGCCAGAGCGAUGUUCGUGAAUGGUGCGUCGAGCGGAGCCAGGUGUGGAGAGCUGUGAGCAUGGCUGGACUUCCCGAUGAGCAAUUGGAUGAGGAGAACGAGGAGGGCCUGGACCCAGAAUCCUGGAUUCUGUGGAGACGGAUGUGUUACGCUUUGGCUCAUAAUGAAGUCACUGAUGAGUACGAGUGUGCGGUUUAUGGAAUAUUGAGUGGUGAUAGUGGGAGUGUUGAGCCUGUCUGCCGCACUUUUGACGAUUUCAUCUUUGCACAUUACAACGCCCUUCUACGAACGCAAUUCGACCAUUAUCUUCAGAGAAUCUUCCACGAUAACUCCAUUGCUGCUACUGUCGGUUCUUUUGGUAUUUCUGAUGCUGUGCAGAAGCAUGGUGAGUCACACUCAUCUGGAAAGAGACUUAUUGAAAUAGUGGGCAAUGAUCCGCGAACGAAAAAGGAAAUGUCUCAACCAAUGAAGAUGCUUCAGGGAGUCUUGGUUGCGAAUGAUUUCCAGACAUUCAUCCAUCAACAAGGUCUUGCACUGUCUAAGUUUGCAAACGCCAAGUCACGAUCGAACCUCAUUCCAGCUGAAACCAUCGAGCCAGACAACGCUAAUAAAUAUGUUGCUCUUGAUGACCAUGAUAGUCUAAGAGUCUUCGCCCAUGUACUCCUUGUUUUCAUGAGCCUGGACGUCGAUCUAGGGGGCAUAUGGACCCAAACUGCCGUGGAAAAUGUUAUUGUUGCGUAUAUCAGCUUUCUGAGAUUCUCUGGCAAGGAGGAACUAAUUCCUCUCUAUUGUUCCCAACUUUCAGGGAACAGAAAAUACGCGACUCUCAGUAGGAAUCUCAUCGAUAUUACAGAUAGGGAGCAACGAGUCACGCAAAUUCGCCUCAUAAGGGAGCUCGGUCUAGACGUGCAACAAUUUGUUCGAAUGCAGGCACAAUACUUGUUUCAAGAUUUUUCAGAUACCACCAGAGAUUACCCCGCUACGCGAAGUUUCCAAUUGCUUCGUACUGGGGACAAUGGGCGUCGUGAGAUUAUUCCGGACUUCUUCGGUGACGAGACGGAAGAUAUCCCACGCCCUGAUCUACUGCUUAUCCGGAGUCUCGAAUGGUACCUCCUUAUCGACGGCCUCUGGAGUGAGACAUUCGAGAUUGGGACUAUGCUUUACUUGCGGUUUUUCAAACAUGGCCAUCUACGUGCUGCGAUGACAUUACUUUUGAAAGUACACAGCAAUGAUGUCGUCAUCCAUAAAACACAAGCUCUGUUAGGUCGGCGCUACAAUAAAUUUGAGGAUCUGGAAAACCAAAACGAAAAUGAUGAAGAUUUGACCGAGAUUCUGGACGGCUCGGCUGGUCAAAUGAGGGAGCUGAAAGCAUACAUGGUGCGAGAGGCAAGGAAUUACCGCGAUUUUGAGGCUUUCGUUACCUCCCUUGAUAGUAUCGAGACUGCUAAUAGCUUGUAUACUUUGAUGGAUGAGACGCAGAGCUUCGCGGAAAAAAAGCACUUUAAAAGUGGCUUAGCCGACACCAUGAAACAAUGCCUAUCAGUAAUUCCCAAGCUCCUUGAUGGAUGGCUUCUUACGGCACCAAAUGAUAAUGAUAUGGCAGAGUUCACACUCCUCCGAGAGGCAUAUCUCCCGGAGACGAUACUCGCAUAUAUCAAUGUCCUUGAGUUUGCAGGCAAAAAGCUCACGCGGGACUUUCUUCUUAGCUGCAUGGAUCUCUCCGCGGAGAUUGCAAAGGAGGGAUCAGAUGUUCUAGUGCUCUUCGAGAAGACUGGCAGACUGCAAGAGCUUGUGGAAGCCUUCGCAUCGGCGAGCAAGCAGCUGCUCAUACUCUCUUCGGAUAAGAAAUCGGCGGGGUCGAGAAGCAAGAAACUGCGGAGCAAAGGAUGGACGCACGAUCUAUGGAGUAUCAAACCAUGA